AUGGAAGCAUACAUCAGUGUGGAAGUCUGCCUGGAAGAGCCCAAGAUGAAGAUGAGGCUGGCCAUAGAUACACCAGAUGAAGACUAUUACGAUGACAACUAUGAUCUGGACAACACAGUGAUUGUAUUUGAUGAGAGUGACUCUUCCCCCUCGAUUGGCGCACGCGCUUUUGCCAAGCAGGAGCCUGUGACCUGGACUCAUUACAUUGCAGCUGAGGAGGUGGAUUGGGACUAUGCCCCAAUAAUGCCCACUUAUUUGGACAGAAGUUACACAAGUCAGUUUCUGGAAGCUGGUCCUCAGCGAAUUGGUUCAAAAUAUAAGAAGGUGAUGUUUGUGGAAUAUGAGGAUGGGACCUUUAAGAAGCGCAAGGUAUCAGAUCAACGUGACACAGGAAUUCUGGGACCUGUCCUUAAAGGAGAAGUUGGGGAUCAAUUUAUGAUUGUGUUCAAGAAUCUAGCAAGUCGGCCUUACAACAUCUACCCUCAUGGGCUCACCAGCAUAAGUUCCUAUCACCCAGUGAAGUCUUCUGAAGGUGAGAUUGAUGUGAAGGAUAUACCUAUUGAGCCUGGCCAGUCAUUCAAGUACAGCUGGAAAGUGACGACUGAGGAUGGGCCGGCUGGCUCAGAUCCUCGCUGCUUGACCCAUUUCUACUACAGCUCCAUCAACCCAGUCCGAGACACGGCCUCGGGGCUAAUCGGCCCCCUCUUGAUCUGCUCUAAAGAAUCGAUGGAUCAGAGAGGGAAUCAGAUGAUGUCGGAUGAGACUAGGUUUGUGUUGUUUUCGGUCUUUGAUGAAAACCACAGCUGGUACCUGGCAGAAAAUAUACAGAGGUUCUGCACAGAUGCAGCUACUGUGAACCCCCAGGAUCCUGAAUUCUAUGCCUCAAAUGUUAUCCACAGUAUUAAUGGCUACGUCUUUGACAACCUGCACCUGAAACUUUGCCUGCAUCAAGUGGUGUACUGGUAUGUCUUAAGUGUCGGUGCCCAGACAGACUUCCUGUCUGUUUUCUUCUCUGGAAACACCUUCAAACACAACAUGGUCUUUAAGGACAUGCUCACCCUCUUUCCACUUUCUGGAGAAACCGUCUUCAUGAGCAUGGAAAAGCCAGGCGUAUGGAUGCUGACAUGCCUGAAUCCUGACUUCAGAGACAGAGGAAUGUGGGCAAAGUUCACAGUCUCCAAGUGCAACACUGAUCCAGAACUGUAUUCCUAUGGGGAAGAUUAUGAUUUGAUACCGGAUUACUUGACAAAUGAGGGCAAUGUCCUUCAACCUAGGGGCUUCCCCAAGAAUAAGAGAUGGCGCAGGCUGUGUCUGAGAAAGCAUCGUAAUGUCACUUCUUCCGAAAAGGAAACAGAGACGCUCAACCUCCAGCUAACAUCCUGCUUGAGAAAACCCAGCCAGCCCCUCAAAUUCAGUAACAGACUUCAGAACAGCAGGAAGAAUUCCAUGGACCCCUCUUCCAACAGCACAUCAGUGCUGUCCGAUCUACAUGGCCUUUCCCUAUCUUCUCAAACAGAGACUAGCUUUGAGCCAAUAUCUUAUGAUUCCUUCUCAGAAGAGGCAGGAUUGUCAGAAAUGAUCAGCCCUGACCAAGGAUUUGGACACCCUUCUCCUGAAGGAAACUCAACAAGCUUAAGUGAAGUGGUCCAUCAUAACACAAGUUCAGCAAGAGCUGCAGCAUCUGGCUCAUAUCCAGAAGGAGAUACUCUCUUCUUUGGAAAGCGUAGACCAAUUCAAGCUGUAGAGAUGGCUAAAGAGAAUUUAGAGCUGCACAAGUCAGUAGACGAUGUGAUGUUCCAACUAACUGCUCCAUUGGCCAACUUAGAAAAAUUUCUUAAAGGGAAUGUUACUUUGGCACAAUUAAAAGAGUCAGCACGUGUGAUGGGCCAUCAGGAACCUUCCUUUAAUGCUGAAGAAACUGGUCUUCAAGGGAAUGAUAGUUCACUGCAACUGAAUGACUCAAAACAUGAUUCUAGGUUUCAAGAAAGGAUUCCAUUACAUGAUGAAGAAAUGCCUCUAGAAUUGAAUAUUACAUCUUUAAAGCCACACAUACCACUGAAUGAUACAAUAGCUACAGAAAUGACUUCAUCAACUAAUGAUAAUACUUUCCUUAAAGGGAAUAGUACUUCAGCAUCAUUAGACAAGUCAGCAGAUAACACAAGUAUACGUGUCAUCACCUAUGUGAACAGUGGGAAAGCAUUUCUUAAAAGCAAUGGUGCACCGAUACAACUAGACACUAGGUUAGAAAAUGACACCAGGCUUCAAGAAGAGGCUUCACUGGGUCUUUAUGAAACUUCUCAAGAAGGAAAGUUAAAUAGCCCAGCAUAUGGUACCAUGCUUCAGGAGAACACAUCAGCUACAAAUGGAGAAGUAUUCUUUGAAAAGACUGUAGAGAAGUCUUCAAAUGAUACAGGAAUUCAAAGGACCCCUGCACCACAUCAGAAAGAUCUUCUCCUUGGUAGGACUAACAUUGCACUGUUAGAUACCUAUGAUACAGCAGAUCUGAGGCUUGCAGAAAACCGUCCAUUGGACCAUGAGACAGGACAGGAUAAAUCUGGUGAUGGUCUGGGUCUUUCAAAUGUAGAACACUCCUUGUCUGCAGAAAGUAGCAUCAGGCUAGCCCCAGAUAAACUUACCAAUGGUACAAGCCUUCUAAAAAAAACAUUUCUGGGCCACAAUGACAUUUUUGCCACCAGCUAUGUUACUACACAAGAAAGCGAUGAAUUAAUACUGGGGACAAAGUUUCAAGAAGCUACAGAAAGCGAGGAAAUGUCUGAAAUGGAGAACGUUGACUUACUCAAAUUAAAUGUUAUGGCUAACGAGAGGCAGUUCGAAAAGGCCCCUUUACAAAGCAGCAAAGACACAUUUCUGAAACACAAGGUUACUGCGCUAAGUUUAGAUGGGCCAACAAAUGAAGACAACAGCUUAUUAGAUAAUGAGGAAGUUUAUCUCAACAGGAAAGUACCUCCAGCAGAGCUAGUGGACUUGAUAAAUGGUACAGGUCUCCUGGAGGCCAGUUCAUCAGACAAAGAAGGAACACUCCAUAAAGGUAAGAGAAUGGAGCUGGACUUGAACAGCCGGACCCCUGGGAAGCUAGUGCAAAGGACAGCUGACAAGCCCUGUGAUCAAAACUCUCAAGGAUGCAGCACUUAUGUAAAAAAGAGGUCCCUGGAAUCACAUGGAACUUCACUGGAAGAAACAGAAGUGCAGCAAGGACUGGAGGAUAAAGCCAGAGCAUUGAAGGGAAGGCAUAACUCUGGCAAACAUACAGGAGGAAUCGGAGCUGUGCUCAGAGGCACUAUCAAGAUAAGUUACAAUAACAGAGCAUACAAUAACCCCCUUGCUGCUAGGCCACUCUUGGUAGACACAACACCAAGAGAUCAUGAAGCAACUGGCACUGAUAACCCCACAGGAUAUAUCAGGGUUGUGUCAGCUUCUCUUCCAUACCAUGCCAGCAGUCAUGAGCCACCAGCAGUAGAGGGACACUAUGACAACCAAGGUGAAAGUGAUACAACUCAGAGAGGAGGUAACUCCUUUCUGAUGGUGGAAGAGUCAGAGGAGGAGAAAACUAGUGCUACCUCUGCCUAUUCAAGUGAGAAAACUACCAAAGAGGAACAGGAGGUAGGAACUGAGGCAGACACAAAGCCCACUGCAUCCGCAGAAGAGAAAAUAACGAGUAUGGUCCCCAUCUCAACACAGGUUGUGGGGCAAGUGAGUGGAAUUGAGACACCUGCAGUAACUGCAAUGCAGCGUAAAAGGGGUGUUGAUUGGGAGGCACAUUUGAGCUUGCAGCCCAAGGGAAAUGUGACAGAUGGGGAAGUGAGCACCUUGGACCAGCUGGAGCUGAAGGAAACAUGGAUCUUUGGUAAACUGCAGCAGGAGCUCAAAUCUAGUGCCGUUGAGGACCAAGUAUUAGGAACUGAAUCUAAGGAUUUUCCAGCAAGCAAAGAGGCCUCAGAGAUCCUGACAAAACAGACCUCCAAAGGAAACUAUCCACUUCCCCAAGAUGGCGUGGCUCUCAACCAGACCCUUAAAGGGGACCAAUGGAAGCUGAAGCACAGCCACCAAGAAAAUCAAGUGUUUAAAAAGGAAGAUGCCAUUCCCCUCUCAGGUAGUAAAAUACAGACACCAGAAUGGAAGGAGGAGAUGCAGGGGGUAGAUGAGACACCGAGCGGCAGGGAAAGCAUCAGCAAAGCAAAGAACAGGAGCUCCACUCCUGGAUCUGAGGAAUAUUUUGACAUCCCUAGAGAACCCAAUGCCCUAAACAACAUGGUCAAGUCCAACAUCUCAAUGCCCCAGAAGGAAAAAUCAGACUAUGAUGACUACAGCAAAUCCAAGGGAGACACUGAUGAGUUUGACAUCUAUGGGGAGGAGGACCAAGAUCUGCGCACCUUCACUGGGAGGGUCCAGCAGUAUUUCAUUGCAGCUGUCGAAGUGCUGUGGGAAUAUGAGAGCCAGAGACCCCAACACUUUCUAAAAGUGAAGGGCCCAAGUAGGGGCUGGAGGAAGCCCUUCCAGCCGUACAAGAAAGUGGUUUUCCGAGGGUACCUGGACAACUCUUUCACCCAGCCGCUGGCACGUGGGGAGCUGGAUGAGCACUUGGGAAUUCUGGGGCCAUACAUCAGGGCGGAAGUUGAUGAUGUCAUAAUGGUGAGUCAAUGGGCGCCUAGGCUGGCUCGGUUAGAUUAUUCGGGGUCUGUCAAUGCUUGGAGCACUGACAGCGGCAACUCCUGGAUUCAGGUGGAUCUGCUGCGUCCCAUGAUCCUUCAAGGCAUAAAGACCCAGGGGGCCCGGCAAAAGCUCUCCAGCCUCUACAUCUCCCAGUUCGUCAUCUUCUAUGGCCUUGAUGGGGAGAGAUGGAAGAGAUACAAGGGGAAUGCCACCAGCUCCCAGAUGGUGUUCUUUGGGAAUGUGGAUGCAACGGAGGUGAAAGAUAAUCGUUUCAACCCGCCAAUCAUAGCCCGGUAUAUCCGCCUCCACCCCACACACUACAGCAUUCGGACCACUCUGCGCAUGGAACUCAUUGGCUGUGAUCUGAACAGCUGCUCUAUGCCCUUAGGAAUGGAGAACAAAAGUAUCUCCAACCAGCAGAUCUCUGCCUCCUCCUACAGCGAGAACAUGUUCUCCAGCUGGGCUCCCUCCCAAGCCCGACUUAACCUGCAGGAGAGGAGUAAUGCCUGGAAGCCAAAGGUGAACAGCCCCAAUGAGUGGCUGCAGGUGGACUUUGAGAAGAUCAUGAGGGUCACUGGAAUUGUAACCCAGGGCGCCAAAAACAUCUUCAGUAACAUGUUUGUGAAGGAGUUUGCUGUCUCCAGCAGUCAGGAUGGCUCGCGCUGGACUCCAGUUCUCCAGGAUGGUGAGGAGAAGAUCUUCAAGGGCAACCAAAAUCACUUCAGCACCGUGGUGAACUCCCUGGAUCCUCCGCUCUUUGCCCGGUAUCUAAGGAUACACCCCCGCCGGUGGCAAAACCACAUUGCCCUGAGGACGGAGUUCUUAGGCUGCGACACCCAGCAAACAUACUGAUGGGCUGACAGCUUUGGAUUAAAGGACCUAGCUUUGGCUGGACACUGAACCGCCACCAAGCCUGGAGCGACCCAAAGAGGAAGAUCUUCCAAAGCCCAUAAGAAGGGCCACAUUCACUGCAGGUCUAAGCAGAAGCAGCACCGUUCACUUCAGUGGAGUUUCAUGCAUUUACACUAGCUGGGUUGGGAAUGUGGCACAGAGCACUCCAAGUGGUCGGAAGAAAGGAUCCUGCAAAGGUUUAUGGGUCGCCUGCCCUUCCCGUCUUUCUCUUUCUCAUAUACUGUGUGCCAUAUAGUCGGAGCAUAGCACUAAAUAAUUAAACAGUAAUUUUCCAGCAAACAUCUGCCGCCACCCUCCCACCCCCCACCUCUCUUCCCCAGGCUCAGCCAGCCUUGAAAUCCCCAUGGGGCUUAGAGUCAGCAUUCAUAGCAGCUAAUAAUUAAUUAGCCACUGAGGUCUGCUUCAUUAUUUUCCAUAAACUCUCAGUGACCUGGCCCUGGCCCCAGCAUGAGCGAUUGAGGGCGUGGUCUGGAGGGAGAGAU